AUGACCGACAAGCUCCCUCCCAACCUCCUGGCGCUGUUUGCGCCCCGACCUCCGCUGCGAUGGGUCCCUCCUUGUGAUUUUCCACCAGAGCAGCGCAAGACGGCUGCCAUUGGAGGUGUCGCAGAUUUCCUGCCUCACCUUGAAACUUACAAGGACGCCGACGGCUACGUCCCCACGGAGAGUUGGUUGCAAGCACGCGACCGCAAGAAGCUUGAGAAGAAGGCCGAGAUCGAGAAGCUCGUCACCGAGGCUCCCAAGCUGUUCAACCCGGCCAACGAUCCCAACAUCCGUGGCGAUGCCUUCAAGACCCUGAUGGUCUCGCGACUCAGCUACGAUGCCAAUGAGGAGGAUCUCGAGAGAGAGUUCGGGCGCGUCGGGACGAUCGAGCGUAUCAGAAUCGUUCGGGACAGCCAUGCCGACGAGAAGGGAAACAAGAAGAAAAAGCCACACCGCGGCUACGCCUUCAUAGUGUUUGAGCGAGAAAAGGACAUGAGAGCUGCUCUAGAACAACUCGAUGGUAUCAGCAUCAAGGGCCGCCGUAUCAAGACCGAUGUCGAGCGUGGUCGUACCGUCUCAGGCUGGAAGCCUCGUCGCCUCGGCGGUGGACUUGGCGGGCGUGGUUACACCAAGGCCAUGCCAAGUCGUCCCAUGGCCGGUCCCGGUGGCUUCGGAGGCGGCUUCCGUGGACGUGGAGGCGGCUUCAGAGGAGGAGACCGAGGUGGCUUCCGUGGCGGUUUCGAUCGUCGCGGCGGGGGCUUCGGAGGCCGUGACCGUGGAUUCGGCGGACCACCAAACGCGCCGAGCGGACCGGGUGGCCGAUAUGACCGUGACCGCAGAGACUAUGGUGGAGGUGGAGACCGCGGGGGCGGCGGCGGAUACGGUCGACGCGAUGACGACAGAGGAUACGGCGGCGGAGGGGGCUACCGUGGAGGCGAUCGAUCCAGCUCCGGAAGCAACGCCAUGCCGCUUGGUCAAAGGCACGGCGGAGACAGAGACAGAGGUGGAGACCGCGGCGGAGAUCGAGACAGAGACCGAGACGGCGGAUAUCGUGACCGCGACUACGGCCGCGACGAUUCGCGCAAACGACCAUACGAAGGAGGAUCAGGCUACGAAGGCGAACGCAAAUUGCGCCGCUACUGA